GUUCAUGUGAUUAUCGUGUGGACACCUACCACACUACCCAUGAGUGGCUACUCUGAUAGGACCGAUAGUGAGAGAGAGUCUCUCGCUAAUAAUUUUAUAGAGUUGGCACUAAAGUUCUGUCAAUCAAUUGAGAAGCAAGGACAUUGGGCAGAUUUCAUUGAGCCUCUCUCUGGUGUACCUUAUAUCAAUAGAGUGAAUGCCAACUCUGUGUUUGUGCCUACGGAUAUGGGCAGUGCACUGGACAUUGACAUUGUGGAUGUUGGAUGCUGUCAAGUGAUGAGACAUCCCCAAUGGAAGGUACGAGCAUUCUUCUCCAUGAUGGUUUCAACUGCACCAUUGGAGAUGAUCAUCAAAGGUAUACAAGAUAUUGCCUCUACCAGUGUCACUGAGGAGGUACAU